UCCCGAUUGUAGCCAUUCAGCAGCCUGGCGCCGCAGAGAGCACAUCGAGCCAGAGCCUGCAGAGAGUCUAUUCACACCGCAGACAAGAAGAAGGGGGGAACAGGCGGCAUCCGCAGGCACAAAACAUACGUGCGUGAUCUGCGUGGCUCACAUCUAGAGAUACCUCUCACCUUUACAGCACAUUUCUACUCUGGAUCUCCAGAAAGCAGCACAGAGGAGAUCGUGCUCGGAGCCGCGGAGUUAUAUAAAAGGAAGCGUCAGCCUCGUCGCAGGGCUGGUGUGACUCAUUGAUAAAUAACACAGGCGCUCCGGACAGAUGCAUGAAUGACUGCUCGUGGAGGCAACCCGCAGUACGGAGAUCUGUGAAGGGAACCCGCGUGCCAAAGCGCACGGACCACUGAAGGACGUCCAGACUGAGAAUUUAUUUGUCUGAUUUUGCUUUUUAUUUUAUUUUUUACCUCUCAGUCUCUGUCUGAGGGGCCUGAAAGCAGCGGACUAAAGAAGAAACCCCAGACUGAUUUUUUUUGGGUUGCUUUCUUCCCGCUGCAGCCAAGAAACCUCCAGCUCUCCAAACCUCGCUUCUUCAAAUCAUUUAAUUUGAUACUCCUGCCUAUAAAUGCUUGACAAGCUCAAGCCCGUCGUCCAGCUCGACUCGGUAAUGGCGAUCAGUAAGACGGUGGGCUGGCUCCGGGAGCAGCUGGAGACGCGCAGGGACGGCCUGCUUGUGAUGGACUGCCGGGCCCAGGAGCUCUACGAGUCUUCGCACGUCGACACGGCCAUCAACGUGGCCAUACCGAGCCUCAUGCUGCGCCGGCUCAAGAAGGGCAACCUGCCCGUGCGGUCUCUGCUCUCCAACGGAGAGGACCGGGAGAAGUUUGCGCGCCGAUGCAAGACCGACACCAUCGUGCUGUACGACGAGUACAGCCGGGAGUGGAACGAGAAUGUGGACGGUGGUUCCGUGUUGGGUUUACUGCUGAGAAGGAUGAAGGAUGAAGGCUACAAGGCCUAUUAUCUGGAGGGUGGCUUCAGUAAAUUCCAGGCAGAGUAUCCAGCUCUGUGCGAAACCAACCUGGACGGCUCUUCCAACAGCAGCUCCCCUACCGCCCAGGUGUUGGGCCUCGGCGGGCUGCGCAUCAGCUCCGACUCCUCAGACAUCGAGUCAGACAUUGACCGAGACCCGAGCAGCGCCACAGACUCGGACGGCAGCCCCCUGUCCAACCCGCAGCCAUCCUUCCCGGUGGAGAUCCUGCCGCACCUCUACCUAGGCUGCGCCAAGGACUCCACCAACCUGGACGUGCUGGAGGAGUACGGCAUCAAAUACAUCCUGAACGUGACUCCCAAUCUCCCCAACCUCUUUGAGAACGCAGGGGAGUUUAAGUACAAGCAGAUCCCCAUCUCGGAUCACUGGAGCCAGAAUCUCUCUCAGUUCUUCCCCGAGGCCAUCAGCUUUAUUGAUGAAGCUCGAGGCCAGAAGUGCGGCGUCCUGGUCCACUGCUUGGCCGGCAUCAGUCGCUCAGUGACAGUAACAGUGGCCUACCUGAUGCAGAAACUGAACCUGUCCAUGAAUGACGCCUAUGACAUUGUCAAGAUGAAAAAAUCCAACAUCUCACCCAAUUUCAACUUCAUGGGCCAGCUCCUGGACUUUGAGCGCACACUGGGCCUGAAGAGCCCAUGCGAUAAUCGCAUUGCACCGCCAAGCCAGCAGCUCUACUUCACCACCCCGACCAACCACAACGUCUUCCAGCUGGACCCUCUGGAGUCCACGUGAGGUCAGCUGUCAACACACCUCUUCUUUCCGGAGGUUUCAUGGGCCUCCUGUUGGAAACGCUGCAAAAAGUUUCUCUUUUUUCCGUCGUCUGCCGUGGAACCUGGCUCUUAUUGACAGCUGGUUUGAGGCGACUGCUGCUGAACGUGGUUACUGGAGGGCCAACGCUGUCUGGCCAAGACGCAGCUGCUGUUGACUGAAUGAGGAGAGACAGUAAAAGAGACAGAAACAGAGACAGUCAUUUAAAGAGUGCAGAUACUUUGUUCAAUCUUAUAUCACUGUCGGACUCCUGACGUCUUUUCUCUCUUUUUGUCCUUGUAUCUGAGGAAACAGCUGUAUGUUAUGCUUAAAAGCUCCUGGGCUGGUGUGCCAAAGAGACAUGAUUGUUCAAACUGGCCAGAUCUGAAGAUGAAACUGUUUUUUUAUGUUCGUUUUGGGGUCUAGCACUGGUUCCCCCAAGACAUCAAGGUGCGCCGUCUCCUUUGUCUUCUGUGAAGACUUGCCUGUGUGGGGUUGAAGCACCCCAGCUUUAAAUGGCACACAAUAUACUGGACUCAAUUUUACAUUUGUGGAGUCUUUUCAAACAUUUAUACAUUGUGUAUAUAUCUUAAUAUAAAAGACAAUACAGUAAAAGCCUUGCUCUAGUAUAUACCCUUUGCAACAAGUGGGUACUGAAGAUUCUUUGUUUCAUAUUCUACUUUUAUGUAAGCAAACAAAUUGCAUAUUGAUCAGUAUGUUUAAGUUGAUUAUGCCAAAAAUCAAGUAGGCUUUCUAAGAAUUGUGCAAAAAUGUGUACAUGUGUAAUAUAUUUGAUAAUCGCUUUACGUGUGAAUACAGCCACGGGCCUUGUUUUUGCACCCACCCUCUCACAAAUCAAAGUCACCUUGGUUGUUGUUGCCUUACUUUUGCGUGCAGGUGGUUUUUCUUGCAUUAGCCUUCAGAGAAAUUCACCAAAUCUCUCAACUCUACAGAAUGCCAGAGUUAAAUUUUAAUCUUCCCACAAAAAGUCAAUCAAAUCUUGAACUGUUUUCACAGCAGUUUUUAAUUUGGCACCACAUAAAAAGGUAGCGUACGAUUGAGUCAUGGCCAACGUGUCGUCUGGAUGUCUGAAGGUUAAUGUGAGUAAUCCCCAUAUGUGCACAAGGGUUAAAAGUCUUUGACACGUGGACAAAGUAGGAGGCUUUGCUCACCUCGCCUCUUCAGGGAAAACGCUGUGAAAUGCAGUUUUUAUUUGUCAAGAUGAAAGAAAAAGUGUGUUGCCCCUCAACGGAGAAGGCCCCUUUACAGAGGAACACCAUCUUGGUAACCUCUGCCAACCCCCUCCACACUCCUCUCUUACGAAUGUAAAGAAAAGAUAAGUUAUUAAUAAAUUGCUAUUUUGUCUACAGUU